GUUUGGUUCUUUGGGAAAGUGUGAAAAAUGUUAAAAAUAUCGUUUUUAAGUAUUUGGAUCUGUUUUUGUACUUUUGAAAUUAAUUCUGCUUUUCUCAUUAUACCCGAAGAGAUAAUGUCAUUGGGUCCACCCAUCUAUUCCCAAGUUCCAACUGUACAUGCAGGAACUGAUUCUCGAUUUGGUUGGGGAUUUCGACUAGGUAGAUAUGCUGAUUUUCAAGUAAUGGUUGAGCUAGGUCCUCAAACUUAUACUCAACCUAUUUAUCAAGAAAACAAGGCAUCUGGGAGUAGUAACAGCUUUAAGAGAAGUAUAACAAAUAAUAUUGGAUAUAAUACUAGAAAGAAAACUCUAUCGGGAUAUCAGGAAAGUGGAAAGAUAUUCUAG